AUGGAAGUCUUGAGUGCCGUGGCAGUGGCCACCGAGUCGGCCUCCCUCUGUGUGAAGGCUAUCACCGCCCUCAAGCGAUUCUCCAAUGGCUUCUCGACGGCAUCUGAAGAUCUCGAGAACGUCAUGCUUCGCGUCAAGCACGCUAACAAUCUGCUCGACAUCAUCCGCGGGCUGCUGAUUGAGCUCAAGACUAGCAACGUCCAGGAGUACAACGUAAUUAUACCCGUUGAGGGGCUCCGCGUCACUCUCAACGAGAUACUCGAUAUGGCCGGAAACUUCACCAGGCAGGAGGCCCGUCUGAGUUGGUUUCGCAAGGCCAGCUGGUCAAUACACAGAUCGAGGUCGCUGAGGCUAGUCCAGCGCCUAGAGCAGCACCAGCGAGAACUCUUAGAAAUUAUUAACAUGAUCCAUGUGUUGUACAAUGUACGUUCUGACAACGAGAUUGGUACAUCUAUCAAAGAAGCGAAGGAGACUUCAGAAAAGCGAAGCUCCUUUUCCUCGGCAACCUUAAUAAAUGACGACACCGCCCAGAACACCGAUAUCAACACGCAUGUGCCCAGAACCUGGCUGGGGCAUAUGCACAGUGACGACCCCUAUCUUCCGGAACAUUAUAGAGAAAUGAGAAGCGAGCUUGCAGACAUGGCCUACCAUGGAGAAUGGGACGUGGUCUUUGAUAUACUACAACGAGCGCGACUCGACUUCAACGAGAACUGGGUCAACGCUCCCAGGAUGAGUGAGUCCACCGCAUAG